AUGAUAACUUCGGAUGGAGACGACGAUACUUCUUUUACCUAUUCGUCUGACGAUCUCGCUACCUUGUACGACAGUUUUGCUGGCUCAUCAUUGGCCGAUGGUUUUCAGCACUUACAGUCUCUUUCAGGAAAAGUAUACUCGGAGUUUCAGUUGUUUCCUUCUUCUGGAUGGUUUGCAUCUAAAAAGUAUGAUCAAGUUAUUGUUUUGUUAGGUGAUCCUGAACCAAUGGUUUCGCAUUUGAAGCAAUUUGAUGCUGCACUUGUCGUUAUAAAAGUGUACAGACCUUUUGCUUUGGACGAUCUUAAAGAGCUAUUAACCAAGACCCUUAAAGGUUACUCUGCAGUUCAAUUGGUCGAACAGUCUUCUAUCAGCUUCCAAUUCUCUCCUUUGCUAUUGGAUAUUAUCGAUUUUCUUCCUCAACUUUCUUCUGGUGCUAAAGUUAUAUACUCGCAAAUGCUAAAGCUUACUGAGGAAAAUGUUGAUUCUGCUUUGCAGCACUUGAUAUCUAAUGGUAAGCUUGAGAAGCCAAUACAGAGAUUGACUUUUGGAAAAUCUUUUGAUCCGUCUAUAACGGCUGUUACCGAGGAAGAUGUUAAAAGUUCACCUGAUAAUGCCUAUAUCAAGAUCUUGCACGAGAUUGGCCCAAACGUAAUUGUGUUGAACGACUAUAAAGUCAAUCCUUCUCCUGAAUAUACUUUGGGUAAAUUCUUAUAUAGGGAGAAUCAGCGUGACAAGUUGGCAAAUCUUGUUGAGAAGAAGCUAAGUAAGUUCCAAGGGGCUUUGAAUGAUGAUUUGGCCAAAUGGUUACUUUGGGCACGUAACUCGGAUUCGGUUUCUAAAACGAAUUAUGAUGCUUCUAAAUUGUUAGAUACUUUGACUCACUCUAAUCGUACUGCAGCCUCGGAGUUACUCGAUUACAAAGAUUUCUUUGAGAGCAAAUCCGGCUGGAUAAUCGGUUCUGAUAAAUGGAGUUAUGAUACUGGUCUGGCUUCUUUUCACCAGGCAUUGCAGUCGGGUAAAAAAAACCUUAAGUUGCUCAUCAUUGAUUCGGACUCUUCAAUAAAUCAUCGUCAAAGUAAAAAGAAUCUUGGUCUCUAUGCUAUGAAUUAUGGUAAUGCUUAUGUUGCUUCUGUGGCACUCUAUUCUUCCUAUACGCAGACUUUGACCGCCUUCCUUGAGGCCAGUGCCUAUGACGACGGUCCUGCUAUUGUUCUUGCAUAUCUACCGAACGAGGAGAGUCACUUGGAGAUAUUGAAAACUACAAAGGAAGCUGUAGACACUGGUUAUUGGCCCUUGUAUCGCUUCAAUCCUCAUCUAGAUGAAUACAGCGAAAUGUUCAAGUUGGAUUCUACAUUCAUCCGUCGGGAGCUUCAACAAUUUUUAGAUCGUGAAAACAGACUUACUUUACUUGCCCAGAAAAGUGCUAAAUUGCAGUAUAAUUUGCAGACCUACAACAAGGCUGUCGACGAGAAAAUUCAUCAGACUUCUAAGCAGGCGUUCCAAAACCUACUUGAAAAUAUGUCUGGCGAUCCUAUGACGGUUGCCUAUGCUUCCGAUAACGGUAAUGCUGCCGGUUUGGCUAAUAGGUUGUCACAGAGGGCUGGAAAAAAGGGGUUCAAAGUUCGGUUGGCUCAAUUAGACGACUUGUCAGUGGAUGAGUUACCUUUAGAGACCAACUUGAUUGUGAUUACUUCGACUUCUGGUCAAGGUGAGUUUCCUAGUGGUGGAAAACAUUUUUGGGACACUAUCAAAUCCAGCACUGUGGAUUUGGCCAAUAUUCAUGCCUCGGUUUUCGGUCUUGGUGACUCAAAAUACUGGCCUCGUCAAGAAGAUGUCAAGUACUACAACCGUCCGAGUGGUGAAUUGUAUCAUAGACUAGAACUCUUGGGUGCUCAGAUGCUUUGCGAGAGAGGAUUAGGUGAUGAUGAAGAUGCAGAUGGUUUUGACACAGGCUACAAUAACUGGGAGCCUAAGCUUUGGGAAGCACUUGGUGUGUCCGCAGAAAAUGCCGAUGAACCUCCUCCCAUUACCAAUGAGGAUAUGAAACGAGAGUCGAACUUUCUUCGCGGUACCAUCAAAGAGGGUCUUGAGGAUUUGUCCACUGGCACUAUGUCUGCUUCUGAUCAGCAGUUGACGAAGUUUCAUGGUGUUUAUUUGCAAGAUGAUAGAGAUCUCAGAGAUCAGAGAAAACAGGAAGGUUUGGAACCUGCAUACGCUUUCAUGAUUCGUGUUAGACUAGCUGGUAACGUGUCUACUCCGGAUCAAUGGCUUACUAUUGAUAAGCUUUCCGAUGACAGAGGUAACCAUACUUUCAAAAUCACUACCAGAGGUACCUACCAAUUGCAUGGUAUAGUGAAGAGAGAUUUAGUUUCAUCGGUGAGAGAUAUCAACGCUGUCGCCAUGGAUACCUUGGGUGCCUGUGGUGAUGUUACCCGUAACGUGAUGUGUGGUGCUGCUCCCUCUAUGCGCCAUAUUCAUGAGCAAAUGUCUCAUGCUGCACGUAUUAUUUCAAAGUCAUUGCUUCCGCAGACCACUGCUUACCACGAACUUUUCCUUACCGAAUUGGGAGAUGUUCCAAGGGGUGAAGAAGGUGGUCCUAAGCGUAUCAAAGUUGGUGGAGAUGCAGUGCAAGAUGUGGAGCCUUUGUAUGGGCCAACGUAUUUGCCCAGAAAGUAUAAGGUGGCCAUUACUGUACCUCCAUACAACGAUGUUGAUGUCUACGCAAAUGAUGUUGGCCUUGUGGCUAUAGUUGAAGAAGGCACCAUUGUGGGAUUUGACGUUUUACUUGGUGGUGGUAUGGGUACUACGCACAACAAUACCAAGACAUACCCUAGGGCAGGCACUUUAGUUGGCUACAUUCCAUAUGAUAGGGCGCCGUUAAUGUGCCAGAAAAUCAUGAUCUUGCAGCGUGAUCACGGAGACAGAAAGAAUCGUAAGCAUGCUAGAUUCAAGUAUACAUUAGAUGACAUGGGGGUGGAUGUGUUCAAAGCUAAAUUGGAAGAGUUGCAAGGAUUUAAGUUUGAGAAGUCCAGACCUUUCAAAAUCGAGUUCAACCACGAUUUCUUUGGUUGGUGCAAAGACGAGACUGGUCUCAACCAUUACACCUGCUAUAUUGAAAAUGGACGUGUCUCCGAUACCGUGGAUACCCCCCAUAAAACUGGUAUGAAGAAGAUCGCUGAGUUUAUGAAGCAGAACUCAGUUGGUUUGUUCAGGUUGACUGGUAAUCAGCAUGUGAUCAUAUCUGAUAUCACGGACGAGUAUGUUCCAAAGAUUAAGGCAUUACUUGAGAGGUACUCGCUUUCAGAAAAGAACUUCAGUGGUCUUCGGAUGGCUUCACAAUCGUGUGUAUCAUUCCCAACAUGUGGAUUGGCUAUGGCGGAAGCCGAACGCUUUUUACCACAAUUUCUAGAAAGAUUGGAGGGGGAAUUGGAGAAGUUCGGCCUUAGAAAUGACUCUAUAGUAUUGAGAAUGACGGGAUGUCCGAAUGGAUGUGCCAGACCUUGGCUUGCGGAGGUGGCCCUGGUGGGUAAGUCUUAUGGAUUUUACAACUUAUUACUCGGAGGCAGCUUCAACGGAGAUAGAGUCAACAAGCUCUACAAGACAAAUGUCGAUGAGGACCAGGCUAUUAAUACCUUGGUUCCACUUUUUGGCAGAUGGGCCAAGGAAAGAGAGGAAGGAGAACACUUUGGAGAUUAUGUUAUAAGAGCAGGUAUUAUCAAGCCAACUUUGGAAGGAAAGCACUUCUGGGAUGAUCUAAAUGCUGAUAUUUAA